GUUACACCAAAUCUCUCGUUCAGAAUGGACUUGGAGCACCGUAUCAGUAAAUAUCCUUUAAUCACAUUCUCUUUGGUCUCGUUAUCUGAGGUCACAGUCAUUUCUAUCUGCAUUACACUGCCGAUGUUUUAUAAGUACUAUACAUCCAGAAAAGUUACACCAAAUCUCUCGUUCAGGAUGGACUUGGAGCACCGUAUCAGUGAAUAUCCUUUAAUCACAUUCUCUUUGGUCUCGUUAUCUGAGGUCACUGUCAUUUCUGUCUGCAUUACACUGCCGAUGUUUUAUAAGUACUAUACAUCCAGAAAAGUACCUCACAUAGUCAUGCGUCAAUUGCAGUUUCAAAUAGGAUUGACUGACUUCAGUGAUAACUCUGUUAUUCCACAAGCAGCGGGGGAUUAUCGCGUGCGAUGUCAUUGA